AUGGACCGCCAUUUAAGGCGAUUGAAGUGUGGAGUUUCUAAUAAUGAUUGGGGAAAGCUUGGAAAACAAUCCAUAGUGGCCCAAUUUGCUGUCACCACGUCCGCCGUAGGGGACAAUGCCUUGGAUGAGAAUAAACCCUAUGCUGAGUUUUGGAUGGGAGCGCAUCCUUCUCUUCCUUCGUAUGACCUUUCCACUGGCCAGCCUUUACAAGAGGUCCUCAGGGAUAAUCCACAUCUGCUCUCAACCCAGGUGAGCCAGAGAUUCCGUACGACACUACCGUUUCUAUUCAAAGUUCUUUCCAUCAGAGAGCCGCUUUGUAUACAAGCUCACCCGGACCGAAAUCUUGCCUAUGACUUACACGCAAGGGAUCCGCUUACAUAUCCUGAUUCGAACCAUAAGCCCGAAAUGAUUGUCGCGUUAACCCCAUUCGAAGCGUUGUGUGGAUUUCGGCCCCUGGAAGAGAUUGUUCAUUUUCUUUCUUGUGUCCCACCGCUACGAAACCUCAUCAGUGAUGCCACUGCAAUGGAAGUACAGUCCGCCUGUGGAAGCGCAGGAAAUGGGUAUGAUCCAAAAACCGCUGAGAUAGCGCUUAAGAGGGCCUGGUCAGAGCUGCUGACCGCGCAUCCAUCACAAGUCCGAUCGUGCGCAGAAGACUUGAUCCGCUUCGCGACUAGCAGGCCAAGCCACGAAUCUCUGGCGGUCGAGCAUGGCAAUGUCCUUGACCUGAUACUUCAGUUGAGUCAGCAUUACCCCCAUGAUGUUGGGCUUUUCGCCGUCCUAUUCAUGAACCAUGUCUGCCUAAGCCCCGGAGAAGCUUUAUUUGUGAGAUCUAAUGAGCUUCACGCUUACCUAAGUGGCGAUGGUAUCGAAUGCAUGGCAUCAUCAGCGAACGUGGUACGGGCAGGGUUCUCACGGAAACACAAGGAUGUUGAUAUGCUCAUAUCGAUGCUCACAUAUGAAAACCUGCCUCCCUUCGUUAUAAGAGAACCGACUCCCUAUUUGUUGGUGGAAAUGAAUUCUCGGGAAUCCACAUCGGUAUUAUAUACAUCGCCCGCCGAAGAGUUUAAUAUCAUCAAAACUUUUCUUGCGCCCCAGUUUGCAACCGCGAACUUCCGAGCGUUUCGUGGGCCCACCGUGCUGAUAUGCACCCAGGGAAGUGGGAAGAUCGGAGUAGGACACUAUAUCGAACUGAUUGAGUGUGGUCACGUCUUUUUCGCAGGCGCCGGUGCGGAGAUCUUUAUCCAGAGUUGCAGUGAGGAACCAUUAAUCCUGUUUCAGUCCUUUUGUGAAAUUGAGGAGUACAAAUCCCCAUUAUAAAAAGAACAGAUAUUCGACUCUUGACAAAGAUGCUUCACCGAGGAGAUGAGAUAAUAUGAGAGGCCAAAGGACCUUGAGUUCCAAU